AAACUUAUAAAAGGAGAAGCCUAUCUUUGUUAUUUUGGUAUAUAUUAAGGUAGAAAAAUGGGAAAGUGGUUCAUUUUGGUUGUUUUGGCCCAUGUUGUAAUAGCUACAAGUGCAAGAAUUAUGCCAACGGGAGGAGGAGUUUUAAAGAAUAACAUUGUUCAGGCUGGUAUAAAUGGAGGUGGUAAAUCUACUGGUGGUGGACUAUCUGGUGGACUAAAUGGAAACGGUAAUGCUACUGUUGGUGGACGAUCCGAUGGAAAAAAUGGAGCGGGUGAUGCUACUGAUGGUGGAAUAUCUAGUGGAUCAAAUGAAGUCGAAAAUGCUACUGGUGGUGGACGAUCUGGUGGACUAAAUGGAGGAAAUAAUGCUAUUGGUGGUGGAAUAACUAGUGGUCUUAGAGGAGCUGGUAAUUCUACUGGCGGUGGACUAGUUGGAGGCGGUAAUGCUACUGGCGGUGGGCAGUCUGGUGGGCAAAAUGGUGGCGGAAAUGAUACUGGCGUGGGACUAUCUAAUGGACAAAAUAGAGCUAACAAUGCAAUUGGUGGUGGAAUAUCCGGUGGUCAAACUGGAAGCGGUAAUGCUACUGGUGAUGGCCGACCCAAUGGACUAAAUGGAGGUAAUAAUGCUACUGAUGGUGGAAUAACUAGUGGGCUAAGAGGAGUCAGUAACUCUAUUGGUGGUGGACUUUCAAAUGGACAAAUUAUAGGAGGUAAUGCUAAUGGAGGUGGUAUUUCUACUGGUGGUGGACUAAACGGAGAUGGUAAUGAUACUGGUGGUGGAAUAUCUAACAGACAAAAUGGAGCCGUUAAUUCUACAGGUGGUGGGAUAUCUGGUGGACAAAGUGGAAACAGUAAUGCUACUGGUAAUGGUCGACCCGGUGGAAACAAUAACGCUACUGGUAGUAGUAGUGGAAUAACAGGUGGACUAGGAGGAGGUAGUAAUUCUACUAGUGGUGCACUUUCAAGUGGACUAACUGGAGGCGGUAAUUCUAUUGGUGAUAGAAUAUCCGGUGGACUAAAUGGAGGAGGUAAUGAUACUGGUGGUGGAAUAUCUAGUGGACAAAAUGGAGUCGGUAAUGCUAUUGGUGGUGGAAUAUCUGGAGGACAAAGUGGAAGCGGUAAUGCUGCUAGUGGUGGCCGACUCGGUGGACUAAAUGUAGGGAAUAAUGCUACUGGUGGUGGAAUAACAAGUGGACUAAUAGGAGGCGAUACUUCUAUUGGUGGUAGACGAUCUGGUGGACUAAAUGGGGGUGGUAAUGAUACUGGUGGUGGAAUAUCUAGUGGACAAAAUGGAGCUGGUAAUUCUAUUGGUGGUGGAAUAUCCAGUGGACAAAGUGGUGGUGGUAAUGCUACUGGUGGUGGCCGACCCAGUGGACUAAAUGGAGGGAAUAAUGCUACGGGUAGUGGAAUAACAAGUGCACGAGGAGGAAGCAAUAAUUCUACUGGUGAUGGACCUUCAAUUGGACUAAUUGGAGGCAAUAAUGUUAAUGGAAGCGGUAAUUCUACUAGUGGUGGAAUAUCUGAUAGAGUAAACAGAGGCAGUAAUGAUACUGGUGGUGAAAUAUCUAGUGGACAAAAUGGAGCCGAUAAUGCUAUUGGUGGUGGAAUAUUCGAUGGACAAAGUGGAGGCAAUAAUGCAACUGGUGGUGGCCGUUCUGUUGGAAUUAAUGGGGGGAAUAAUGCUAGUAGCAUUGGAAUACCUAGUGGACUAAGAGGAGGCAGUAAUUCUACUGGUGGUGGACUAGUUAGAGGCGUUAAUGCUAACGGAGGUGGUAAUUCUAGUGGUAGUAUAAUAUCCAAUGGACUAAAUAGAGGCGAUAAUGAUAGUGAUGCUGAAAUAUCUAGUGGACAAAAUGGAGCCGGAAAUUCUUCUGGUGGUGGAAUAUCUAGUGGACAAAAUAAAGGCGGUAAUGCUACUAAUGGUGGACAACCCGGUGGACUAAAUGGAAGUAAUAAUGCUAUUGGUAGUGGAAUAACAGGUGGACUAAGUGGAGGUAGUAAUUAUACUAGUGGUGGACUUUCAAGUGGACUAACUGGAGGUGGAAAUGCUAUUGGAGGCGGUAAUUUUACUAGUGGUGGAAUAUCUGGUGGACUAAAUGGAGGAGGUAAUGAUACUGGUGGUGGAAUAUCUAGUGGACAAAAUGGAGUCGGUAAUGCUAUUGGUGGUAGAAUAUCCGGAGGACAAAGUGGAAAUGGUAAUGCUGCAAGUGGUGGACAAACCAGUAAACUAAACGGAGGGAAUAAUGCAACUGGUGGUGGAAUAAUUAGUGGACUAAGAGGAGGCGGUACUUCUACUGGUGGUGGACUAUCCGGUGGACUUAAUGGAGGAGGUAAUGUUACUGGAGGUGGAAUAUCCGGUGUACUAAAUGGAGGUAGUAAUGCUACUGGUGGUGGAAGAUUUGGUGGACAAAGUGGAGGUUAUAAUGCUACUGGUGGUGGCCGAACUGGUGGACUAAAUGGAGGGAAUAAUGCUAAUGGUGGUGGUAUAACUAGUGCAAUAUCUGAUGGAUUAAAUGGAGGCGAAAAUGAUAGUGGUGGUCGAAUAUCUAGGGGACAAAAUGGAGUUGGUAAUGCUAUUAGUGGUGGAAUAUCGGGAGGACAAAGUGGAAACGGCAAUGCUGCCAGUGGUGGCCGACCCAGUGAAAUAAAUGGAGGGAAUAAUGCAACUAGUGGUGGAAUAACUAGUGGACUAAGAGGAGGCAGUACUUCUAUUGAUGGUGGACUAUCUGGUGGACUUAAUGGAGGAGGUAAUGAUACUGGUGUUGGAAUAUCCGGUAUACUAAAUGGAAGUGGUAAUGCUACUAGUGGUAAAAUAUUUGGUGGACAGAGUGGAGGAGGUAAUGCUACUGGUGGUGGCCGAACCGGUGGACUAAAUGGAGGGAAUAAUGUUUAUGGUGGUGGAAUAACUAGUGCAUUAUCUAAUGGGCAAAAUGGAGGCAGAAAUGAUAGUGGUGGUGGAAUAUCUAGUGGACAAAAUGGAGUCGGUAAUGCUAUUGGUGGUGGAAUAUCCGGAGGACAAAGUGGAAACGGUAAUGCUGCCAGUGGUGGCCGACCCAUUGGAAUGAAUGGAGGGAAUACUGUUACUGGUGGUGGAAUAACUAGUGGAGUAAGGGGCGGCGGAAUUUCUACUGGUAGUGGACUAAUUGGAGGCGGUAAUGCUAAUGGAGGCGGUAAUUCUACUGGUGGUGGAACAUCUGGUGGACUAAAUGGAGGCAGUAAUGAUACUGGUGGUGGAAUAUCUAGUGGAAAAAAUGGAGGUGGUAAUGCCAUUGGUGGUGGGAUAUCUGGUGUACAAAGUGGAGGCGCUUAUGCUACUGGUGGUGGCCGACCCGGUGGACUAAAUGGAGGGAAUACUACCACUAGUGAUGGAUUAACUAAUGGACUAAGAGGAAGCAGUAAUUCUACCAGUGUUGGAAUUUCAAGUGGAUUAAUUGGAGGCGGUAAUGCUAAUGUAGGAGGUAAUUCUAUUGGUGGUGGACUAUCUAUUGGACUAAGUGGAGGCGGAAAUGAUACUGGCAGUGGAAUAUCUAGUGGACAAAGUGGAACCGGUAAUGUUACUGGUGGUGGAAUAUCUAGUAGACUAAAUGAAGACGGUAAUGUUACUGGUGGUAGACCAUCUGAUGGGAAAAAUGGAGGUGGUACUACUUCUACUGGUUAUGGUUUAUCUAUUGAAUUACUUGGAGGAGGCCGUUAAUUCAGACUUGAUGGUGAACCUUGAGUCACAAGUUAAUUACCGUGAAACUUACUUUCCUUUAAGAAAUAAAUUAGUGCUGGGGGCUUGUUUUUACAAUGUUCUAUAAAUAAACGUAUUCUGUAAUGAUCUUUGUCCUUAUAGUCUAUUAUACUAAUAUAUAUUUAUGCUUC